GGAGGCUUGUUCGCAAAGCCGUGUAGACGUACAGACGUUCAGCAGUCUGCACAGUGUGACGGAGAACCCUUAUAAGUUCUCUAUCACUUCGGGGGGGUCCUCGGGGGGCUCGGCAGUGGCGGUGGCAACGGGGAUGGUGCCCCUGGCAGUGGGAACUGAUUGGGCGGGCAGUCUGCGGAUCCCGCCUUCUGCGGCAUCUGUACGCUCCGCGCUUCCCGUGGCCGGAUGACCAUUCAGUACCCCGAGCGAACAGUACCCCCAAUGCCGCUACCUUCAGAGGACCCGCGAGAUGGGGAGAUCAUGACGGCCGGAGUCUUCACCCGGACGAUUCGCGAGCUUCAGUAUGCGGUGGGAGCGCUACUAAGACCAAGCAGGAGAGGUCCUUUGGUGCCGUCGGAAAGCGCAGCUUUCGCCGUCACACCUUCAUUCCCCGUCGUUGCAACGGACGUCCGGAUACAGGAGGCCUUGCAGCGGCUGCCGGCAAGGGUCAACCCGCCGAAUGGAAACGGAUCCUGCUCCGCUCGGCUUGUGACAGGGCCUUCCUUCAAAACCAAGGACAUAUGGAAGGCUUACGGGAUCUUUUCCGCCAGCCUGACUGCUCACGGCGACCCACACGACCCGCACGCUCCGAAAGCGUCGCCUCCCUCGCUUGAAGACGUACGAUGGGCGCGAAGCGUGCAAGUUGACACGGCCUCCGCCGUUGAUGCGUUCCUGGACGAACAGCAAUGUACGGCCUGGAUCGUACCAGUCUGUGGCCCGCUGCCAGUUUUCCCCAACCCCGAGCACAAGCGCUUCCAUCCGAUAGGCCACACGAAAACUGCGUACUAGUCUUGGUUUCUGAUUCUCUCCUGUGCUUCCGCGGUCUGUGGCCCGCUGCCAUUUCCUCAC